AAAUAAACUGCUGAUGGAAAGGUUAAACCUAAAACAAGAACAAGAAGGGCACGUGCUAAAGAAGCGACACAAGGGGGAAGAACAAGAUUUUGACCCACUUACUGGGUCACCAGAAGAAUGAACCUUGAUCUUCCCUUGCACAGAAGACUCCUAAAGUACAACUGAACGGUGGCGUUUAAGUCCGGAAUAUAGAGGCUUAGGGACCGAUGAACCAGCCACGGCUGCACGACCUGCACUCCGGGCUCCUGCAGGGCCCGCGCUGCGCCCCGGCCCAGGGCCUGGCCUUGCCCCGCAUCACGCCGAGCCCGGGGCUUCGCUCCCCCGCGACCUGCCCUGGGAGCUUCCCGGGGGGAGGGACGCGCUGGCCCGGCGCCAGGGUCCCUCGGCGGGGCCGCCCUGCGCGUGCAGAGAAGGCGGGGCCGCAGCCACGGGGCUCCCUGGCAGACCUCUUCGGCUCCUUUCCCAGUCGCGGGGCAGAGCCCGGUGCCAGCGCUGGAAACGCGAGAACAGAUCCUGUUUGUUGCCCCUCUGUCAUCUUAUUCUUAGUUAUAAAUCAUGGGGGAUGAGGAUAAAACAGUUAAACAUGAAGAUUUGGAACCAUCCACAGGGGUGAAUCACACAGCCUCUGCGUAUCAACAAACACAGGAGGAACCUGUUACAAACCAAAUAAGAUUAGAUGAAAGUGAAUCAACUGAAGGAAGUAGUGGUAUGACCAGCAGUGAGAAAAGACUACAAGAAACAUCAACUGAAUCAAAUCAUUUGCAAAGACUAAGGCAAACAUUUGCUUGCCCUCCACAUGGCUUACUGGAUAAAGUAAUAACAAAUGUUACCAUGGUUGUUCUCCUGUGGGCUGUAGUUUGGUCAAUCACUGGCAGUGAAUGUCUUCCUGGAGGAAACCUGUUUGGUAUUAUAAUCCUUUUCUAUUGUGCCGUCAUCGGAGGCAAACUUUUUGGGUUCAUCAAGUUACCUACGUUGCCUCCACUGCCUCCUCUUCUUGGCAUGCUGCUUGCUGGGUUUCUCAUAAAAAAUAUCCCUGUCAUCAAUGAUAAUGUACAGAUCAAGCACAAGUGGUCCUCUGCUUUGAGAAGCAUAGCCCUGUCUAUCAUAUUGGUUCGUGCUGGCCUUGGGCUUGAUUCAAAGGCCCUGCAGAAGUUGAAGGGUGUUUGUAUGCGAUUAUCCGUCGGUCCUUGUCUUGUGGAGGCAUGCACGUCCGCUCUUCUUGCCCACUUCCUAAUGGGUUUACCAUGGCAAUGGGCAUUUAUACUGGGUUUUGUUGUAGGUGCUGUCUCUCCAGCUGUCGUGGUGCCUUCAAUGCUCCUUUUGCAGGAAGGAGGUUAUGGUGUUGAAAAAGGUGUCCCAACCUUACUCAUGGCAGCUGGCAGCUUCGAUGACAUUCUGGCCAUCACUGGCUUCAACACGUGCUUAGGCAUGGCCUUUUCCACAGGCUCCACACUGUUUAAUGUCUUCAGAGGAGUUUUGGAGGUGCUGAUUGGUGUGGCAGCUGGAUUUCUUCUUGGAUUUUUCAUUAAGUACUUUCCAAGCAGUGACCAGAGCAAACUCGUAUGGAAGAGAGCCUUCCUUGUCCUGGGGCUCUCUGUGCUAGCGGUGUUCAGCAGCACGUACUUGGGUUUCCCUGGGUCCGGAGGACUCUGCACAUUGGUCAUGGCUUUCCUUGCAGGCCUGGGAUGGGCCAGCAAAAAGGCAGAGGUUCAAAAAAUUAUUGCAGUUGCCUGGAACAUCUUUCAGCCCCUUCUCUUUGGUCUGAUUGGAGCAGAGGUAUCUGUUUCAUCUCUCAGACCAGAAACUGUAGGCCUUUGUGUUGCCACCUUGGGCAUUGCAGUAUUGAUACGAAUUUUGACUACAUUUCUGAUGGUGUGUUUUGCUGGUUUUAACAUAAAAGAAAAGAUAUUCAUUUCUUUUGCAUGGCUUCCGAAGGCCACAGUCCAGGCUGCAAUAGGAUCUGUAGCUUUGGACACAGCAAGAUCACAUGGAGAUAAACAGUCAGAAGAAUAUGGAAUGGACGUGCUGACCGUGGCGUUUCUGGCCAUCCUCAUCACAGCCCCAAUUGGAAGCCUACUGAUUGGCUUGCUGGGCCCCAGGCUUCUCCAGAAAGCUGACCAUCAAAACAGAGAUGAGGAAGUUCAAGGGGAGACUUCUAUACACCUUUAGAGGUGAAAGGAAAGAAUGCUGAAUAUGAGGAUUAGAAAGCUGCUAACAGAGGCUACUUUUAUCAAGAUGAAUCCUGAAAUAUGUAAUGUGUAAGCUUAAAAUGAAUAGAACCAAAAGUGUGACUAUUUCUUUAAACAGCAUUUUUAGCCAUUACCCUUUCCAUGUGGAUGGUGAUGUUCUGCAUCUCCAACCUGAUCUCUCUACCUUAUUAUUUUUUAAAAACACCCCUUCAUCAUAUAUCUCAAUUUGUACAGGGGCAUAUACACUUGAAUGUGCUACCACAAUUUAAAAUUCACCUGGGAAAGACCAGGUUUGGAAUCCUGU